AGCAUAGCCUGACAGUACUACGCUAGUCCCGCCUCUGUGAGUAAGUUGUAGCUUUGGUUGUAGCCUGACUGACAGCGCAGCCAACCAAUGGAAUGCAUCGAAUGUCAAUCACAGCCCGGCGGAGAUCUGACAAGCACGUUAGUUUGAGCGAGUUGCCACAACAGUCAAUGAAAAUUCGACUGGCCACACUGAACCUUCGACCGCAGUAGAUGCCGAAUGGCAGAUACUCCCUGCUCUUCCCUGGGAGGGUGAUUUGAAUGAGCUGGAUGUAAAUGACGGUGCGCCGCCGCACUGGAAGUCUAGAUUUGUGUCGAGAUUCACAGGCGCGCUCUAACGUUAACUGGAAACGCUGUUCUUGGGGAGCAGAAACGGAAGAUAGCUGCACUAAACUACACCAGUGCUCAGAGUCCCACAGAGUGGUCGUGUGUUACCGCAUCCUGAUCUGAGAAAGAGAAAGACAGCAGUCGUGUGAGAGCGAGGUGGGCUGAAAUGGACCAUACGUGGACCAUGGUGAGCCAUCUGGAGGCUGAGCAGGGGUGAUGGACAUGCUCAGGUCUUUUCCAUUCAGGCCACCUUGGACUGACAGCUGAAUGUUUGUCUUACUACCCACUGGGUCUGACCACAUGUAUGCACACACACACACACACGCACACACACGCACAAGCUGACAUUGUACACUGUUUCAGGCAAUAAAUGAUGUUUCUCCCUGCAGUGGCUUCCAAUGUCAGUCCAAUUCAUCAUGCAUUACUUGCUCCUAUUGGGGAGAAUAUGCCUUCAACAUACACAUUUUCAAUUUACUCUCACAGAUGUGGAGUUAGAGCUUUCAUCCAUGAUGCUUCAUUCAAAAUCAUUGCAGCUGCCAUGACAGGGGUGGGGGCAGAGGAUGACAUCCCUCUCUGUGAGAGGAAAACUGUCACUGACUUCUGCUAUCUCCUGGACAAGUCCAAACAGCUUUUCAAUGGCUUGAGGGAUCUGCCUCAAUAUGGACACAAGCAGUGGCAGUCCUAUUUUGGCCGAACAUUUGAUGUAUACACCAAGCUGUGGAAGUUUCAGCAGCAGCACAGACAAGUCCUGGACAACCGGUAUGGUCUCAAGAGGUGGCAGAUAGGUGAAGUGGCUUCAAAAAUUGGCCAGCUGUACUACCAUUACUACCUCCGCACUUCAGAAACAAGCUACCUUAAUGAAGCCUUUUCCUUUUAUUCGGCCAUUCGCCAACGAUCAUAUUACCACCAAGUCAACAAAGAAGACAGGCCAGAGCUGGUUGUAAAAAAGCUGAGGUAUUAUGCUCGCUAUAUCGUUGUUUGUCUGUUGCUCAACAAGAUGGACCUGGUUAAAGUGUUGGUCAAGGAGCUGUCUGAAGAGAUUGAGGACUACACCACACGCUUCAACACAGAGGACCAGUUAGAGUGGAACCUGGUGCUGCAGGAAGUAGCUGCUUUUGUGGAGGCGGAUCCUCUUAUGAUCCUAAAUGAUGACAAUGUCGUGGUGGUCAUAUCCAAUCGCUUGCAGGAGGGAGGCGUGCCCCCUCUUGAACAGGGCAUGGUGGUUGGCCAGCUCACCUUGGCAGAUGCGCUCAUCGUUGGCAACUGUAACAAUCAGGUGAAGUUUAGCGAGCUGACCAUCGAUAUGUUUCGUAUGCUGCAAGCGCUUGAGAGGGAACCGGUGAACCUUGCUACACAAAGCUCCAAGCCAGGGACACUUGUAAGAGAAGACUCUUACACUCUCCCUGUCACUCUCUAUGAGCCCAAUGAAAAGCCGGCCAAGAGAGAGAACCCUCAUAAAUAUCUCCUCUACAAACCAACCUUCAGCCAGCUCUACACUUUCCUGUCUGCCUCCUUCAAGGAACUGCCAGCCAAUAGUGUCCUGCUGGUGUAUCUCUCUGCCACUGGAGUGUUUCCUGCUGGACGCUCAGAGUGUGAAGGACCUUAUGAUUUUGGAGGUGUCCUGACCAAUACUAACCGAGAUGUGGUAAACGGUGAGAUGGUGCAGAAGAGAAACCAGGCACAAAAAGAGAUGCACUGUCUCCACCCAGGAGACCUUUUCCCCUUCACCAGGAAACCUCUGUUUAUCAUUGUUGACUCAUCCAACAGCACAGCUUAUAAGAAUUUCUCCAAUCUGUUUGGCCAGCCACUUGUUUGCCUGCUUUCUCCAACAGUGUAUCCGAAGAGCAUGCAAGACCAGUGUCAGCGUGGGAGUCUGUUUACUCUUUUCCUUUACAACCCCCUCAUGGGCUUCCUGUCUGUGUGUGGACUGAGCAGCAUGCGCUAUGGAUUGUGGGAAAAGGCCCAAGAACUCCUACGGAAGUUUUUCCAUGACAUUGGCCACAUGAUCACGAGUUCCCGAGUUAUAGAUCAGGCCUAUCUGCAAUUUUACGGUGAUGAAUUUCUGCGUCUGCUCAUGAUCCGUUUUGUGUUCUGCUGCACCACACUCCGAUUACACAAGCAUUUCCAGGAAGCGGGGAGUUUUCCAGAAUCGUACCCGCCCCUGCCCAAACAGGAGAUGGUGGAGAGCAGCCUUCUACAGAAACAUGUGCUGGAGCUGGCGGCCAUGUUGGAUGUGCAAAACCUCUUCUCUGAUGGCAUGUUGGAUAACUAUUGACCACAUAAUGGCACCAUGCCAACAUGCAGACACGCGCACACACACGCUCAUGCCCAUACACACACAAACACAAGUUGUAUGUAGGAUCCUCUGAAUAAGCUAGUUGUUUUACCUAAUCUCAUUAGAUCUAGAUACAGUAGUUUAAUAACUAUUCAAGACAAAAUAUCUCAUCUUUGUGGCAAGAUAUUUCAAAUUUGUCAAGUUAACAUGUAUUUUUAGAUUUUAAGGAGCUACACACACCCAGAAUGCGAAAGAGUUGCUCCCAACAUACAGAAAAGUUUACUACAUGCAUGUAUUGUAUGAGUGUAUGAGCGCAGGCACAUGGGCAGCUAUCGCCGUUUCUGAAGGUGAUAAGAUAGCACAAGAAGAAAGGAGACUUGGAAACAUUUUUUAUGUGAAUCGGUGUAAUUCCAGGGAGAUUCUUCCAAAAAGAUGAGCCUACGGCUUUGGCAAAACACAUUUUGGAGAAGGAUGUUUUCCUUCUCAAAACUUUGCCUCUGCAACGUUUACACAACAUUUUUCCAUAGGGAGCGUGUUGCAUGUUUGCAUUUUUUUGCUCCAUCUUGGCAUUUCUUGUUUGUUUUUCUAUCUUAUUGUUCGUUUUUCUAUCUUCAGACUUUUGCCUGGUCUUUUGAAGGAGGCCGUCCACGCUGUGCCUCUUUUUUGGUUAUUUCAGUCAUCAGCUAAUUAAUUAAUGCUAUGUGGACACCCGAAUCUCCAUUUUUAUUGAGCAUUGAUUUUUAGCAUGCCUUGGUAGUGUGGUAAGCCCAUACUUGCAUAGCUGAUGUAAUAACCUAAAGUUUUAUUCCAUGUGUGCAGUGGACACCAAUAGCCAACAGAGUUCUCUUUUAUAGUGUCACAGAGACAUACAGGCGUACUCCUGUAUAGAAGUACAAAUUUGUGUAUAUAUCUAUAUAUAAAUAUAUGUAUAGUUCUAUAAGAAGUCAAUGUGAUGCAGAGAAGUGUGUCUGUCUGGGUUGUUCGUCGUGGCAGAUCUGUGAAAAGAUGACCCUCUGCAUGUGACAGGGGCAGUGUUAUUUUGUCUAAUCUGUGAAUGGACCAUGCCACUGUCUCAACUGCGCACCCUCCCGCUGCUUCACACGAGUGCAGUCAGCUGACAUUCCAAGGAUCAUGGCAUAAGAGCGUCUUUCACAACCCCAUCUGUCUCAAGGACAAGUGCACUGCGUCGGUCUGUUAAGAAGUGAUGUGUUCGGUGUUUCAUUACGUCAUGAUGAUAAUUACGAUGAAAACGGUUAUAAUAAUAGCCUUGCACUUUACUUGCACUAUUUAAGUUUGAUUCCGAUGUUAUUUAUUGUGCUGUAAGCAAGAGGCAUGUCUGAUUGUUCCGUUAUGUCACGCUUGGCAAAUAGCUUAUAAUUUUCUCCGUCUGUGAUCUAUUUUAGAAAACGCCACACAUGGUGACUGAUUUUUCAAUAUUUACGACUUUUCCCCCCUUACUGCAGGGUUGAUUGUGGCCAUUGGAAUUGGACCAAAAGAUUCUUGCAUGUGGAGAGCACAAUGUCCUAUACGAUUCUAGUACCCUGUCAUCUCUCUGUCUAUAUUUGAUAUUUUUGCACGUUGCUGCUUCCACUUGCAUCUUUGUUUUUUGAAUAAUCCUCUUGUACGAAAAAAGAGAGAAGUUUGCAAACGAACAAAUCACUGCCAAACACAAUUAACCUUCCCAUGGAAUAUCCACUGCCCAAAUUAAACAGAAAACAGUUGUCUGUGCUCUCGCAGGCACAGAUUUAUUUUACGGCCUAGAUUUUUUUUUACAAUUUUGCUGUUUUAGUUAUGCCAAAAGGAAAAGGGCUGGAUGGAGAUGAAGAGGGAAACAGAUGGUGGAUGUCACCGUUUCCUCUCUGUCUUCUUGUCUGACCUUGACUGGUGGACUGUCAAAUGUUUUUGCCUUAUUUAAUUUGUAUUAGUAUGGGUGUAUAACUUUCCAGGAAUUUGUAAAUUAACCCAGCAUGCUCUUGCUGCGACUGUCCCAGUAUAGUGCUGUAUUCACACAGCAUCAUUUAGAUUGAAAACGUGAAAUGUACCACAACAGAAACCAUCCAACCUAAAAUUUAGGGGAAAAUCCAAUACCCCUUUUAAAAUCAUUUUAACAAAGCAUUUCUUAACAGUUAAAUGUUGAUGCCCCCUGCUCCAUAUUAAUGCAAUCUGUUAAUCCAUUAGCGGCCAUGAUUGGAAGGAACAGAAAGAAAAUCAACUGGAUUUGUUUUCUAUUGUAAACACAGGGCCAGAUCUAAGGUGUAGUAUGGGUGAUUUCUACAAGUUCCUACUGUUGUGGGAGGGAACAUUUUCAAAAACGAUGUAAUGGCCAGAAUACUCUUUCUUUAUAAGUUAAAGGGGUUCUAGAGUUGCUAGUUGAACAUACUUGCGUUGUCCAAUUGUCAUGUGUUUUUAAUCGCUAAACUGUUUUGUCUUAUCUGUUGCCAAAUUAUAUUUGAUGUUUUUUUUUGUUAAAUGCAGAAAAAAAGAAUACAGAAAAAAUGUGAUGAUACCAAACAUGCAAGCUUUUUGUUUUUAAGAAUGCUAUUUAAGAACAUUAAAAGGUUUAUGAAUGUUUUGUUUAA